AUGGAGCUCAGGGAAGUUUAUCCUCAGCUUCCGGUAAUUAGUCAAGAGGGCAAUUACCACAUUAAGAAUGAGGCUGAGCAGGUUAUAGAAGUGGGGAAAGCAGAGACAACUAUUAGGAUGUAUCCAAGUACAAAAAGUAAAAAGAAAACGACACGUUUGGAGACCGGAGGACGAUUGAGAAUUAAAAGGAUGGAUUUUGGAGAAGUGGAGUAUCAGAGUGAUGAAGAAGAAGCCAGGGGAGGAUAUGAUCCAGCGGUCAGACGACUACUGGCCAGAGCGGAAAGAAGAGGAGGUACAACAGGAAGAAGAAGGGAACUGAGAGAUGAAAGUGAAGUUGAAGGUGAAAGUGGAAGUGAAAAUAAGAUUGAGAAUGAGGAUAGUGAUGAAGAAAGUGAGAGUCCUACUCUUUUGAAGUUUGCUAAGAUAAAAACUGCUUAUAGAGAAGAAGAAAGACGACAGAUUUUAAGAGAAGUUGAAGAGAAUAUAGAUCGAUGCUGUAGAUGUCUGGACAAAUGCACUACACCAAAAGGAAGGAAGGCAUUAGAAGACCAAUUACAAGAACUGCAGAUUCAGAAGAAAAAAGGGCGGAAAACAGGUUCCCAAAAACAGGACAAGGAAUAUGAACUGCGUUCAAGGAAAGAGAAGAAGCCUGGUAAGAUGUGUCCAGUUAUCAUAAGAGGUCAGAAUUUGGAGUAUAAACCUUGGCAGAGUACUGACAUGUCAGAUAUACUUGAGAAGUUACCUACUCUUCAAGAUGGAGCACACCCUUGGAUCUCAAAGUUGGAAGAGAUCAUGGUGGGGACGCAAGCUGCAGUAGGAGACAUUAAGAGAUUGCUGGCUAAUAUACUUGGGGUUCCAGCCAUGGGGGAGAUUUUGCAGAGAGCUGGAUUAAACCGUUAUGUGGAAACUGCUGUAAAUGAUUCAGAGCUGUUUGCAGCAAAUAGAGGUCGAGUGUGGAGAGCAUUGAAAGAUACAUUUCCGACAAAUAUACACCCCGACAACAUUCUCAUUGAGCCACUGGGACAGGAAGAAAAUCCGAGAGCCUAUGUGUCAAGAGCCUAUCAAGUGUGGAGAAAUGUCACAGGAAACGAUCCAGAGGAGAGCCAAAUGGAGCAAUCAAUUUUGCGAGUCAAGAUACAGAAGGGGCUACCUCUACCAGUGCGGAGCAAAUUGGCAGAAGUGGUUGGUCUUGGAAAUAUGGCGAAGGGUGUAUAUACAGACCAUGUAGCACAUCAAGUGGACCUGUAUAGAAAGAAGGAGUAUGAUCAGAAGGAACAAGGAAAUUUCAGAGGAAACUUCAGGGGAAAUGCAAGAGGAGGAUUCAGAGGUCAGCAAUUGAUAAUCCGGGGACCGGCGAACCCUUAUAGGGGUCCAGAGCAAGGAUUUUAG